CUGGCAACACUGCUUCAUUCUUCGUAAAAUUUGACUCCAUUGCGAUUUUAACGCGAAGUUGUUUUUGCAGAGAAAAAUUUGUGUCAAAGAAAUUAAAUGGCAGAUGUAUUAGAUAUCGAUGGAGGGGGAGAAGAUUUUGAAGUCGAAGAGGACGGCGACAAAAGUGUACAGAGAUUAAAGAACAAAGUAAAACGAAGGAAAGGAAGAGGAUUUCACUCAGAUGGAACAGUUAGAGAAGAAAUACAAGAUUAUGAAGCAAUGGAAACUGAUGACAGUAAUGAGCCAGGACCGCAGCGAUCUGUUGAAGGAUGGAUAUUAUUUGUGACAGGUGUUCAUGAAGAAGCACAAGAAGAUGAUAUCUAUGAGAAAUUUGCAGAAUAUGGUGAAAUAAAAAAUUUACAUUUGAAUCUUGAUCGUAGAACUGGAUUCUUAAAGGGUUAUGCUUUAGUUGAAUAUGAGACUUUCAAAGAAGCACAAGCUGCCAUUGAAAAUUUAAAUGGGUCAGAAAUUCUUGGUAAUACAAUAAGUGUAGAUUGGAGUUUUGUUAAAGGACCAGUUAAAAGGAAACACGGUCGCCCAAGAGAACGAUCCCUCGACCAUAGGAGACACUAAGUCGCCACAAUUUUUUUUAUUUUUAUGUCAUUUCAAUUUAAUAUUUGUAAUUAAUAGAAAUUACUGAAGUGUCCAUUAAAUAAUCAAUAAACAUUUGCUUUUAUCAGA